AUGGCCGCAGGCCUGGGCCUCUGGAACGGCACCAGCAACGACACCUGGGACGGGGACGAGCUGGGCUACAAGUGCCGCUUCAACGAGGACUUCAAGUACGUGCUGCUGCCCGUGUCCUACGGCGCGGUGUGCGUGCUCGCGCUGGGUCUGAACGUGGCGGUGCUCUACAUCUUCCUGUGCCGCCUCAAGACGUGGAACGCGUCCACCACCUACAUGUUCCACCUGGCCGUGUCCGACGCGCUGUACGCCGCCUCCCUGCCGCUGCUGGUCUACUACUACGCCCGCGGCGACCACUGGCCCUUCAGCACGGCGCUCUGCAAGCUGGUGCGCUUCCUCUUCUACACCAACCUCUACUGCAGCAUCCUGUUCCUCACGUGCAUCAGCGUGCACCGCUGCCUGGGCGUGCUGCGCCCGCUGCGCUCCCUGCGCUGGGGCCGCGCCCGCUACGCGCGCCGGGUGGCGGCCGGCGUGUGGGCGCUGGUGCUGGCCUGCCAGGCUCCGGUGCUCUAUUUCGUCACCACGAGCACCCGCGGUAACCGCAUUACCUGCCACGACACCUCGGCCCCUAAUCUCUUCAACCACUUCUUGGUCUACAUCUCGGUCAUGCUGGGCCUGCUCUUCGCGGUGCCCUUCGCCACCAUCCUGGUCUGCUACGUGCUCAUGGCCCGGCGGCUGCUAAAGCCAGCCUACGGGACGGCGGGCGGCCUGCCGCGGGCCAAGCGCAAGUCGGUGCGCACCAUCGCCGUGGUGCUGGCCGUCUUCGCCCUCUGCUUCCUGCCCUUCCACGUCACCCGCACCCUCUACUACUCCUUCCGCUCGCUGGACCUCAGCUGCCACACGCUCAACGCCAUCAACAUGGCUUACAAGAUCACCCGGCCCCUGGCCAGCGCCAAUAGUUGCCUGGACCCCGUGCUCUACUUCCUCGCUGGGCAGAGGCUCGUGCGCUUUGCUCGGGACUCCAAGCCACCCACAAAUGCCACGCCUACGGCCCGGGCUGGCCGCAGGCUGGACCUGCGCAAGUUUCACAGAACUGACACCAAGACAGAAGACAGGUCGGCCAGCAGUGAGACCUACAGGCAGACGGAGUCCACGCUGCCUGGGGGUGGGAACACUAAGGACAUCAGGCUAUAAGACCUAAGCCCCUCCAGCCUUACAUGGGGAAAACUGUAGGGACUAUGACUUGUUCAAAUGAGACGGUCUCCCCAGAUACGGAUCAUCAUGACUCAUGCUGAUGGUCAAGGGAGCCAUGAUCCCAACACUCUGUUUUUUGGCAGGGGCUCAGGACACUCUCUGUGGUCCAGAGAGCUCAACAGUCCCCACAGCCCCAUCACCAUUUCUAUGUGUCAGCUGGGGAAUAGGUUUCAAGAAUGGCAAGGGUUCAGGGCCAGUGCUUCUGCCGGCCUGACUCACCCACAUUAAUAGCUGGCUGUACCUGCCAAGGUACCUAGGCCAGAGGCCAGCUGAACCAAGU